GUCACUUUGACUUAGGGAGUUCAAUGACUUCAUUUGCUAGCAACUCGUCUAGAAUCCUAGAAACAUCAGUCGGAAAAAGGAUAUACCCUUGCUUGUAACUCUUUCAAGGUUGGUUGAUUUUUCACUUCUUGUAUUUAUUGCUUUAGAGUUUUCUCUUUCAGUUUUUGUCUUGUGGAUGCCUUCUUAGAACUCAUAGUCGUCACUAUAGAUUCCCCAAUUUGGUCCUCUGAUGAGUCAUUGAAUUUUGUGACUUCUUUUCUAGAAUCAAAAAUAGGUGACGCCAUUCUAUGACUUGCAAUGCUUAACUCCAUGUCAUGAGCGCGCGUAGCUAAUUCUUCAAAAGUUCGAGGCUUAAUUCCUUGGAGGAUAUACACAAGGCCCCAAUGCAUCCUUUGAAUGCAAACUUCAACCGCGGAAGUUUCAGAGAGUUGAUCCUUGCAAUCAAAGCUCAAUGUUUGCCAACGAUUUAUGUAGCCCACUACAGGCUCAUCUUUACUUUGUCUUAUGUUUGUCAACUCCAUCAUGCUAAUCGUACGAUGGGUGCUGUAGAAAUGAUUUAGGAACUGACUUUCUAGUUGCUCCCAACAAUCAAAUGAUUCAGACUCCAAGUCCAUGUACCAAUCAAAAGCGUUGCUUUUCAAAGAGCGAACAAACUGCUUGAUAAGAAGAUCACCAUGUGUACCAUCACUGCUAUAAGUCUCAACAAAAUGAGCGAUGUGUUGCCUUGGAUUUUUCUUUCCAUUAAAUUGUUAAAACUUUGGCGGUUAAUAUCUAAUUGGCAUCGGUAAGCCCUCAAUUCGCUUAGAAUACGACUUUGAGUAUCCUACGAAACUUUGUGAUAGACCGUCAUAUUGUGCCUUAUGGUAUUUCCAAUCAUAUGUUGCAGUUGUUGAACUGUUAGAGUAGCAACCAAAGUAGACUGAUUUUCUUUUUGAGAUUUAAUCCUGCUAGGUGACUUAUCGAUAUCCUUAUUUUAUAGAGUAAAGCCGGGUGGAUAAGCAGGGUCGUGGAUCGAUUCUCCAAGGGCGAAGGACUCCAACUUGUCCAUCAGUUGAGCGAUUUGAAGAUCUUUAUCCUCGACAAAUUUCUUCAAAACUUCAAUGGUUUGUUCUAUUAUUGCGAACUUCUUAUCCAUAUCAGUUGCGUCGGCCAUCAAGGGGUUGACCUUUGUUGAAGCUGGUGAAUCAGCCGAAUCUUUAGAUUCACUAAAAUUGACGCCAGUAUGAGAGAAUUCAUUACAUAGCAAGGACGUCUAAUUGCCCCCAGGAGCUGCAAUUUCAGCCGUCAUAUGAGAUUUGCUCUUUUUUGCCUUCUCCAAAAAAGUGAAUUAUUCAGAUCCGUCCCAACUACUGAUCUUAAAUUUGCGCUAAGUGGGGGGACCAACAAGGUUGAGCUCAUCAGAUGUGGUAGUAGCAGAGUUCUUGCAUGAGAAAUCUUUCGUAUUUUUGAAGUCCAUAGCAGUAGUUGAAUUUGAUUUGUAGGAAAAAGAGAUGGAAAGCAGAACUUGUCCCACUGGGCGUGCCAAAAUUUGUUUGCAAUAAAUUUUCUUGGUGCGGAAAAUUAAGUGCAAGCAAAAAUAACAAUAAAAAAAAGAAUAAUUUUAUUUAAAGUAAUCUUGUGAGUACAAUUUUUUAUUCUCUCGAUUCUUCUCUCCUAAGUUUUUCUGUGAUUCGAGGGCUUUUUGUAGCGUAAUUCUCAAACUUUCGGAUGAUUUGAGCCUCCUAGAAAUGCGUUUGGAUCUCCAGGAAUAUCAGAAAGCACUUCAUCUUGUCGAAUUGAUCUCCGAGCAUAACUUCGUAAGUCAAUUCUUUGAAGAGCUGUGUAGUCAAUGUAGAGCUUUCUCCAAUGCUUGCAGAAUGACCUCAAAAAAUUAUGUAAACCCUCUUAUUUAUAGUUGUAGGGGGUAGGCAGUCCAAAUAUAAAUAACCUCUUCUACCUCAUUCUGAUUGAACCAUUCAGUUUUCAAGCUUAGCAUAUGAUAAGUUGCUUGUGAUUGGCCAAAAAUAUGUUAUUUGAGACACUUGACGAUGUUUUAUUAGCUCUUGAACUUGACUUGGAUUGCUGAGAUGCCACGUUACUUGACACGUGGCAUAAGUUUGGGCCUCAAGGUGAGAUCGACCCUGAAGUCCUUAAUGAGGAAUAAAAUGGGUUUAUUAUUUUUAUAGCCCAAAAUGAUUUUAGACCCAAUAAAAUAUAGGUCAAAUCCAAAUUUUAUAUGAAUUUGACCCAAUUAAUUUUACGUGUCUACAGUUUGCAUCUUAUUUUUAAUUAAACACAUAAGGUAUUAUGAAUUUUUUUGCCAUUGUUGUAUCUGGUACACAAUAUAAUUCUUUUUGCAGGGGUGGAAUUGCUAAAUAUCAAUAUUUUUAAGUUGUUACUGUCCGUUUAUUGGUGUUGCAAAUGCAUAAGAAAUGCAGACAAUACCCAUCCACAAUUAUGUUAUUACUCUUUGGAGUUUUACCAUUUGUAGUUUAUGCCCUCCCGCUUCAGUGUGCAACCAAGAAACCUUUCUCUGUCCCUAAUUCAGAAGUUUAUACUUAAAAAAUGGAGGAGUGUUCGAGAAUCAGACCCCCGAAACUGUGGCCAAUCCUUGUUGUGUAGUUCUCAUGAAUGUAUUUCAGGGCCUUGUAACGCAAAAAAUGAAUCUAUGGUGGAUUGCCUACUGGUGACCUUGAAGGAUUUUGUGGGCCAAGAUCAUAUAUGCAAAGCCUUUAGAACUUUUUCUCUAAUUUGGACUCAUAUCUCCUCUCAAACCCCUUGUGAUGUCGUUAUAGAGUCAUUAUCAUCUUUUUCAUCAUGUUGUACUAAUUUUAAGAAACUCUCUGAAAGGAAACAUAUUCAUGCCUAUAUUAUUAAUUUAGGCAUUGCACAUAGUUGGAAUUUGGUGCCAAAGAUAAUUACCUUCUAUACGACCUUUGGUUUACUUGAUGAUGCUCAUAUAAUUGUUGAAACUUCAAAUAUUUUGCACCCUCUCCGUUGGAAUCUCCUUAUGUUAGGGCAUAUAGAGUUUUGAUGAUAGAUAUGUGAAUAAAAUAUGUUGUGAAAGCUAGUCCAUUCCAAGUGCCCAAAGCAUAGCUGCAGGCAAGGUUGUUGAUAAAUGAUAUUACGCAAAAACAGGAGUGGAUAAAUAUCAUGCACUCAAAGUUAUCACAUCAGUGAAAGCAGAUGAAAAGGAGAAGAAAAUUGCAGCAUUCAGAAGUUUAGUUGAUCGAGGAGUUCUAAAAAAAUGAAGCAGAGUUGAUUUAGGAGUUCUAUAAGAUAAAGGAAAAGAGUUCUACUCAAUCUAGGAGAGUGAGAGGCGGCAACAACAAAAGAGUGAAACUACCUGAGAGUCCUACGGACAAUAGAAGAUUACAUAAACUAAAGGACUCCAUCUGGUGCAAGAUUAAAUAGAUCAAACAACGUUCAAGUGUUUCACUCAUGCACUGAUAAAAUAAUCAACAAUCAACAAAAUAGUUCAUUUACGUGGAGAAGAACCUGGUCCUUUACUUAGCAAGUCUUAAACUGUUUGUAUUAGGUAGGUUCUUUGAGUUGUAAUGAGUUAUUCUUCUAGUCUUAGUGAUCUAUAAACUGAGUUAGGAGUUGUGUCUUCAAGUUAGUGAACUCAAAGACUUGGGAACACUUAUCUUAGGAAGAUUUGUGUUUUUGUAGUAUAGGAUUAGAAGUUUUAAUUCCUAUUUUUACAAGAAGUCUUGUAAUAUUGUUGAUUGUUGAGGCUCAAGAGUUAUAGUGGAGUUGGGGUUAAAUCCUAUAGAGGUACAAGUCGUGGUUUUUUACACUUUUCUUAAGCCGGAUGUUUUUCAUGUAAAAACACUGUGUUCAGCUUUUACUUCUAUGAACCACAUUUACUUACUUGUUCCAUAGAUAGGGUAACCAGUAGAGUAAAAUAUUAAAAUUAGUAGGGCAUACACUCUAACACCUUAUUUCUUCUUAUGUUAGAAGGGGACAGAAAGAACAGGCAUUUUUUGCCUAUAGGCAAAUGGUGAAGAGGUGUAAGACCCGAUGAU